AUGAUCGUUACAAGGUAUGUACUGCAUACAACUGAAUGGCCAACUCUGAUACUUUUGCAGGUUCCGGGGUGUGUGUCGCAGGUUUGGAUAGUGCCUUCUUUCAGAGGAGGUUUGGUCUAUUACGAAGCGGAGUCAGAUUCUCAGCUCACGAAAGGUUUAGCGGCACUGCUUAUUAAAGGCUUGAGUGGAAAUUCACCACAAGACAUAGCAGAAGUGAAACCGGAAUUCCUUGGGGAACUAGGUUUAAAAACGGCUCUGACGCCGUCUCGGACUAAUGGACUCCUUAAUAUGCUCAAUCUUAUGCAAAUGCAAGCGCGUAGCUUCAUUUGA